AUGUCACUUUUCGGCUCCGGCGCGGCCGCGCCUGCGGCCGCUGCGACCAACACCACUGGCGACAUCUCAAAGGAUGUGGCUCUAAACCAGCCUCCUGAGGAUGGCAUUUCCGAUCUCUGCUUCUCGCCUGUCAGCGACCACCUGGCCGUCGCCUCGUGGGAUAAGAAAGUCCGCAUUUACGAAAUCAACGACCAGGGCCAGAGUGAAGGCAAGGCGCUCUUCGAGCACGAAGCUCCUGUGCUGAACUGCUGUUGGUCUCCGGAUGGAUCCAAGGUUGUGGGAGCCGGUGCCGACAAGGCAGCCCGCAUGUUGGAUCUCGGAGCUGGUGGAACCACCGCCGUUCAGGUCGCCGCACACGACGCGCCCAUUCGAAGCUGCCACAUGAUUCCCAAUCCCUCACAGGGCGGAUCGCCGUUGUUGAUCACCGGUUCAUGGGACAAGACCGUCAAGUACUGGGAUAUUCGCCAACAGACACCAAUCGCGUCGCUGGAGUGCCAGGAGCGCGUGUACUCCAUGGAUGUGAAGGACAAGCUUCUCGUCAUCGGUACCGCAGACCGCUACAUCAACAUCGUCAAUCUGGACCAGCCGACCAAGUUUUACAAGACUAUGCAAUCACCCCUUAAGUGGCAGACGCGGGUAGUCAGCUGCUUCGCCGAUGCCUCCGGUUUUGCCGUCGGCUCUGUCGAGGGUCGCUGUGCCAUUCAAUACGUUGAGGAGAAGGACUCGGCCUCUAACUUCUCCUUCAAGUGCCACCGUGAGACUCCCGCCGGUCAGCGCGACGUCUGCAACAUCUUCGCCGUCAACUCCAUCACUUUCCACCCCGUCCACGGAACCUUCAGCACGGCUGGAGCCGACGGUACUUUCCAUUUCUGGGACAAGGACGCGAAGCACCGCCUUAAGGGAUACCCUGCCGUCGGAGGCCCCAUCACCACUAGUGCCUUCAACCGCACCGGAAACAUCUUCGCCUAUUCCGUCAGCUACGACUGGAGCAAGGGUUAUUCUGCCAACACCCAGCAGACCACCAACAAGGUCAUGCUGCACCCCAUUGGACCGGACGAGACGAAGCCCCGACCUAACUCGCGGAAGCGCUGA